AUGGUUGGACUUGCUUCGGCCGCUGGCCUUGUCGGCUUUCUUUCUGAGCCCGACCCAGAGCUGCGUGUCUUCGCUUUGAAGACUCUGGACUCGCAGAUCGAUCUUCUAUGGACGGAAGUCGUGGAUUCUGUUCCGCAAAUAGAGGCGCUUUACGAAGAUGAAUCUUUCCCCGAGCGCGAGCUUGCCGCCCUGGUCGCCGCCAAAGUCUACUACCACCUUCAAGAAUACAAUGAGAGCAUGGUCUUCGCUCUUGGGGCCGGCAAGCUGUUUCAGCUGGACCAAGGUGGCGAGUUUGAGGAAACUAUUAUCGCGAAAUGUGUCGAUACUUUCAUCUCCCUCUCUGCUGCCCAGAAGCCCGCUGCCGGUGACCAGCCGCCUAACCUGAACACUGCGUUCCCCACCUCCGGCGAAGGAGCCACGAGUACAUCCGCCAGCCUUACGUCUCCGAUCACCCCAUUUUCGCAGUCGGCGUUGCCGUCAAAGUCGCUUCUAUCUCGCCAGGAAGUCCCCGGGAUCGAUUCGGCUUACCCAGGUGGCGAUGAUGCCAGCGUCAACCAGGUUGAGACUCCGUUAGUUCUGCGCCGAGGUGUCCAGGGCCAGCUGCAGGCUAUCGUCGAACGCCUGUUCGAGCAGUGCUUCCAGCAGAAGCGGUACCGUCAAGUUAUCGGAAUUGCUAUCGAAGCCAAGAGCCUGGAUGUCCUGCGUAAAACUAUCAUCCGUGCCAGUGAGGACGAGAAGAAGCAGGACGGUGAAUCUCGACGAAGCGAGGAACUCAUGGAAUACGUUCUCGACAUUUGCAUGGGCAUUGUUCAGGAGCGUGCGUUCCGUAAUGAGAUCUUGAAACUCAUCCUCGACCUUCUCAACGAGAUCCCCUCCCCCGAUUAUUUCUCGAUAGCCAAAUGCGUUGUUUACCUCAACGAACACUCCAUGGCGUCCGUCAUUCUUCGCCAGCUGGUGGAGAAGGGUGAUGCCCGCUCACUCGCUGUUGCCUACCAGAUUUCUUUCGAUUUGUAUGAUAACAGCACACAAGAAUUCCUUCAGAAAGUUCGGCAAGAAAUUGCCGAGCUUGUGCCGGAGGAGGCCGAGACCGAGGAGAACCAGGGCUCAGCUGAAGAUGAGAACGAACCCAAGGAAUCCGAUGCCCUGCUUGGGGACCAGUCUAGCUCCGAGCAACCCCGGUCUAUCGGUGCCAACGACGACAGUAAACUUUCCUCGGAAACGCGCACCGCUUUCAAGAACAUAAUCGACAUUCUUGACGGUAUCAAGUCCAUCCAAUUGAAUUUGGAGUUUUUGUACCGCAACAACAAGGCCGACAUUGCCAUCCUCAACAAGGUCCGUGACAGCUUGGAGGCCCGGAACUCGAUCUUCCACACUGCCGUCACGUUAUCGAACGCCUUCAUGCACGCUGGUACCACCCACGACAAGUUCUUCCGAGACAACCUGGAAUGGCUCGGCAAGGCUGUUAACUGGUCCAAGUUCACGGCUACGGCAGCCCUCGGUGUCAUUCAUCGUGGCAACUUGAGCCAGGGGCAGAAGCUGCUGCAGCCUUACCUGCCCAGGGAACAUAUCGCCGGCGUUGGCGGGUCGGGCUCUGUCUACAGUCAAGGUGGAUCUCUCUAUGCUUUUGGUCUGAUCUACGCCAACCACGGUGGAAUGGCUGUGGAUCUCAUCCGUGAUCACUUCAAGAAGGCCACCGAAGAGGUCGUUCAGCAUGGUGGUGCUUUGGGUUUGGGUGUCGCGGGUAUGGCUACCGGCGAUGAAGGUAUCUACGAAGAUUUGCGGAACGUUCUCUACACGGAUUCUGCGCUCAACGGUGAGGCCGUCGGUCUCGCCAUGGGUCUGGUCAUGCUGGGAACCGGCAACCUGAAGGUUCUCGAGGACAUGAUCCAGUAUGCCCAUGAUACCCAGCACGAGAAGAUCGUUCGUGGUCUGGCCAUGGGUAUGGCCCUAAUCAUGUAUGGUCGCCAGGAAGCCGCCGACGAGUUGAUCAACGGUCUUCUGGGUGACCCUGAUCCUACCCUACGCUACGGUGGUAUCAUGACGAUCGCUCUGGCCUAUUGUGGCAGCAGCAGCAACAAGGCCGUCCGCAAGCUUCUCCACGUCGCUGUCAGCGAUGUCAACGACGAUGUUCGACGUGUUGCCGUGCUGAGCUUGGGCUUCAUCCUGUUCAGAAAGCACCAGAGCGUUCCUCGUAUGGUGGAACUGCUUUCCGAGUCGUACAACCCUCACGUGCGAUACGGCGCCGCAAUGGCCUUGGGUAUCUCGUGCGCGGGUACCGGCUUGGACGAGGCGAUCGAUCUGCUCGAGCCCAUGCUCAAGGACUCUACGGACUUUGUGAGACAGGGAGCGCUGAUCGCCCUCGCCAUGGUUCUGGUCCAGCAAAACGAGGCCAUGAACCCCCGGGUGAGCAGCUUGCGCAAGGCUAUGAUGAAGAUGGUCGGGGAUCGUCACGAGGACGCCAUGGCCAAGUUUGGUUGUGCGGUGGCUCUUGGUAUCAUCGACGCGGGAGGCCGAAACUGCACCAUCAGCCUGCAAACCCAGACGGGUAACCUCAACAUGCCCGGAAUUGUGGGAGCUGCGGUCUUCCUGCAGUACUGGUACUGGUUCCCUCUCACGCACUUCCUGUCGCUGAGUUUCGCCCCUACGUCGGUGAUCGGCGUGGACCAGAAACUCGAGGUGCCGUUCUUCAAGUUCCACAGCAACACGAAACCCAGCCUCUUCGACUACCCGCCCGAGCAGCAGGUGAAGACCGAGGAAGCGCCCGAGAAGGUCAAGACCGCCGUUCUGUCCACCACCGCGCAGGCCAAGCGUCGUGCUCAGCGCCGUGAGAAGCAGCAGCGUCGGGAGAGUAUGGAUCUCGACCAGACACCUACCACGCCCAAGGUGUCGGAAGCUGCUGACCGAAUGGAGACCGACGAGGCCGUCAUUAAGGGCGAGGAGGAGGCUAAGGAAGGAGACAAGGAGGCCGGUGAGGGCCAGAAGAAGCGAGUCGAGCGCGAGAAGGUUGGAUAUGAGCUUGAGAACAUGUCGAGAGUGCUUCCUGCGCAACUCAAAUAUCUCACCUUCCCGGAUCCCCGGUAUGAGCCGGUCAAACGGCCUACCGGCGGAGUGGUGGUAGUCUUGGAUAAGAAGCCCGAGGAGUCGCGCGAGACCAUCGAGAUGAAAGCCAGCAAGGAAGUCAAGCAGCCUGCCGCCGCGGCGGAGACGCUACAGGAUCGAUUGCAGGCCGCCAUCGGGGCCGCUGCGCUUCAGACUCCUCAGCGCCCUGGUCAAGCUGCCGGGGCGAGUGCGGGAGCUGCAGCCGCCGCGGGUGUGUUGACCGCGGUGGACGAGGAUCAGGAGGGCGGCGAGGAGGCCCCCGUACCGGAGGAGUUUGAGUACGAGUCAGAUGGCGAAGAGUAA